ACAACGAGGGUCCGGGUAACAACCCCGCGCUACUUUUUUAAUUUUAUUUCUCACCUUUUAUUUAUUAAUCAUGUCUUUCCGUCACAUCUCAAAGGAAACCCUGGUUGGAUCUCUUACUAUAGGAGUCAUUUUUGCUGCUGGUUAUUAUUUGGGCAAAAGGAAAUCUCCCAGAAUGAGCAUCUCCAAAAGUCACUGCGGGGGAAAAGACAACCCUCUGCUUCAGUACGUCCUCAAUCACUCCUUGAGAGAACAUCCGGUCCUGCAGAAACUGAGGCUGAGGACAAUGGAAGAUUCCUGGAACAUCAUGAUGGUGGCCUGUGAGCAGUCACAGUUCAUGGCUAAUGUGGCCAAACUCAUCAGAGCCAAGAAAAUUAUAGAAAUUGGAGUAUACACAGGAUACAACACUCUGAACAUGGCCUUGACCUCACCUGACGAUGGCGUCAUCAUUGCAUGUGACAUCAGUGAAGAAUACACCAGCAUCGGCAAACCAUUCUGGAAAGAGGCUGGAGUAGAGCAUAAAAUUGACCUACGGCUACAGCCAGCGCUGAAAACACUAGAUGAUCUCCUGGCUGCUGGCGAGGCCGGAACCUUCGACUUUGUCUUCAUUGACGCUGACAAAGUAAAUUAUGACAACUACUAUGAAAAGUCUCUGCAGCUGUUGAGGAAAGGAGGCGUCAUCGCUAUUGAUAACGUGCUGUGGAGUGGACGGGUGAUAAAUCCAUCCCCUGAGGAUGCAGACACUGUGGCCAUCGACAAAUUAAACAAGAAGUUACACAAAGACACCCGCAUCAGUCUGAGCAUGCUCACUGUGGGAGACGGGCUCACGCUGGCUAUAAAACUCUAAGAUGAUGUCACAUGGAGUAUGUGGUGUUAGCAAAAUCUGUGUCUUAUGGGCAAAUAACAGAUUAUGGGAAUUUACUGCAGGUGAAACUGUGAUUGGACUUACAAGACAGGGUGAUGUUGAUUUUAGUAAAAAAACAUUUAAAUGCACAUUAAUACUGAUGUCUUUGAUUGUAACUGUGAGAGUUUGAUACUUUGAGGUGUCUUCUGCUCAAAGGUCACAAAAAAUUUGAAGGUAUGGACUUGUCAGGGGGAUUUGUUAAAUCAAGAAUAAAGUUGGAGUUAAUCAUGAUUGUAUAACUUUUAAGUGUGAAGUGGAAACUUUUGCACACAGACUGAAAGUGGGGAAGUAAAUCAGUUGAUCAAUCAUAAAUUAACUGUUCUGAUGACACUUUUUUUUUUUAAUAAUUUCUCCUUAAAAACAUUGUAAAUUCAUUUUUUAUAUCCAUGUCUUACUUGCAGGGUCAUAGUUACAUGAAACUAAAACUAGCAGGAAAACUAAAAAUAAAAUGACAAUAGAACUGAAGGUGUUGUACUUCUUACUACAACAGAAAAAUGGCUUCUGGAAAAACUACAUUUCACAGAAUGAGAUUUUUUUUAAAUAAAAAAAAAGUUUUGUAACUCA